AUGGUCAACACACAGAAAGAGAAGACGCAACAUGAUCUGGACGACCAAAAGCUUGGUUCGUACCUACAGCAAGAGAUACCUAAGUUGAAGACGCCCGUACUAUCGACAAAGAUUGGUUACGGACAAAGCAAUCCGACAUACUACGUCGACGAUGCGGCUGGUACACGCUACAUACUCCGAAAGAAACCCAGCGGCACCAUCAUCUCGCCUGUAGCACACCAAGUCGAUCGAGAGUACAAAGUUUUGAAAGCACUCGGAACGGUUGAGGGUUUUCCAGUUCCAAAAGUAUACUGCCUAUGUAUGGAUGCAUCAAUCAUCGGAACAGCUUUCUACGUCAUGGAAUACAUCCAAGGUCGUAUAAUCACCGACCCGAACUUGUCCACUCUGCCCCUCUCCGACCGUCGCGCAGCCUGGCAAUCCGUCAUUUCAACUCUAGCCUGGCUCCACUCCAUCGACCCCGACGCCGUCGGCCUCUCCACCUUCGGCAAGAAAACCAACUUCUACGCCCGCCACUGCAACACCUUCUCCCGCAUCGAAGCCCAACAAGCUCAAGUCCGCGACAUAACCACAGGCAAGCAACUCGGUCGCGCACACCCGCAUUUCGACGAAAUCGUAUCCUACAUAAGAAGUCACCUGCCCCAGGAACGCACUUGCAUCAUUCACGGCGACUACAAGUUUGAUAACAUUAUCUUGCAUCCUACUGAGCCCCGGGUGGUUGCUAUCUUGGAUUGGGAGUUGAGUACGCUGGGACACCCGCUUAUGGAUGUUGUGUAUGUGACGGGGCCGUAUUGGAAUAGGGCUAGUAAGGUUGGUAUGCCUGGGGGGCCGGCGGUGCAGACGGUGAGGGAUGAUCAAGGGGGCGAUGUUUAUGAUGAGGAGAAUCAAGUGCAGAAUGGGUUACCGAGUAUGCAGGAGUUAUUGGAGGUUUAUGAAAAGAAGGCUGGGUGGGAUCCGAGGCAGGACCGAUGGGAUGUUGCGAGGGUUUUCCAUUUGAUGAGAGGAAGUGUGAUAAGCCACGGUAUCCAAGCGCGAACCAUCAGCGGGCAAGCCAGCAGCUCCUUCUCACACGUAUACUUCGAGAACACAAAACGAGGACUCGACGAAGCACUCCGACUAGUCCGUUCCAUGAAGGACAAAGAAGCGCCCAAGAGCACGCUAUAG